GUCCUAUACCUCUGGGAUUUCAUCAAAAAUAUCUUAAUCUGUGUUUUGAAGAUGAACGAAGGUCUUAGGGGUUUGGAACGACAUGAGGGUGAGUAAUGACAGAAUUUUCAUUUUUGUGUAUACUAACCCUUUAAAGCAGCAUUGAAUCAUUUUAUCCAUGCAUAUUUUGAACUGUAUCUCACCACUCAUGGUUGUGAUGUACUAGAUUAACAGAUAUGGAGUGGCAACAUUUAGGCAGCCGAUUCAGAAAACACACUGGCACAAAGAUCCAUGUAUCGCUGACGUUUGUGGUGCUGUACUGUAAAAAGUGUACAUAAGGCAAUUUUUUGGUGUUUCAUGUUUUUUUUGCCGUGUACUGCUUGUAUGUUUGCCAGACGUUUCAUCCAAAGGGUUUUUGAGAGAUACUAUAAUACCCAUGUUCAUAUAUCAACACAAUAAGCCAAAUUCACUGUUUUGAAGCCCUUUUGCUUUACCAGCAAACGCUCUGUGGUGGUCCCGUAAUCAUGACAGUGGUACUUGCUGAGCCUCAGUUCAUUGUGUGCACAAACUAAACCUCUGCUCAGAUUCAUUACAGGUCAGUUGCCAUUCAGCUUGAUGAUUUAUUGGGGCAUGACAAGUGUUUCGAAACGCUUUUUUGGAUUUCUUCCCCCCCUUCUAAGUUCUAAACUAGUUAGUCUAAAAUGACCAAAAUUGAAGCUUGUUGUGAGGGAUAAAGUAUUCUGUUAAAAAAAAGAGCACAGUUCCAUUAGUCCAUUACAUGCUAAUAUGUUAUUUAUUCAAAUAUGAGCAUGCAUGUAUGAUAAUUAAAAUAGGGUCUUGAGACUGAUUUAUCGGAAUAAUUGAGAGCUUCAUCAUGACCUGGCUUUUUAAACCAACUUUAAAAACUACCUCAAUAGUGUCAGGUGCUAACAUUUAAAAUAUCCCUUAUACAUAUAUGUAUAUGUGCUCAUGACAAAGAACAAUAAUUGUGACCAAACAACACAAGCCUAUACUGUGUAUUAAGUGUUUAGUUUUUGUUUUUAAGCGACUUUUAAAAAUUUGUACGGUGGAUCAACAUGAGGGAUGUUUCAGCAUGUAACAAAUUUGCAGGGGACCAAAAUAAAAAAAAGUUUCCCUUUUUAAAAUGUAGUGAUAAAUACUCAUCCGCUUUUCAUUGAAAUCAUUUUCCACUGUAGUUUUUUGACUGAAGAAAUGGCUAGGAAGCGAGUUUCAGGCCAAGAUUAUUGCCAAAACAUGGUGGUUGAUUUGGUCUUUCCGGAUCUGGUAUGUGGCAGUGUCAUCCCCAUGUCCAUCACUAGCGUUGUGCCAUAUUAUGGAUAACAAACUUGACAAGAAGCGUCCAAUGACCACUGUUUAAUGUAUGUUCAGGGGAAACUGACAGGAUUUUCCUACGAAGCAGCUUGUCAACCUGUGUCAAAUGGCAAUCUAAUCGUCGUUGAGCUUUACUGUCUUUGGAGUGCUAGGAUUAUACUUGAUUCUACAACUUGAUCUAUAUCCAGUAUUGCAAUAAAGUUAUUUCGCGCUCAUUAAAUCCUGAUCCGUUUGAUGAAAGCUCCACGACGAGUCUGCGAUAAGCUAUUUGUAUUUAAGCAUUGACGUGGAUCGCCGUUCAUUGCAGUUGAUGCGUAUUUACCUUGCUAUAUUUUAUGAAGGGAAUUCAGUUUUGAUUUGACGUCUCUCAAACUCUGAUUUAAGGAUGCUAAGCAUCCUAAAUACACUGGCAUUUGAGUUUCUUGAGGGAUAAAUAUUAAGGUACAAAAGGUUGUAUGGAAAUCAAAUCAAGUUUCUCGUCUUUCUUUGGUGAGCUUAAAAACGUCCAGUGUGUUUUUCUCGUGUAUGUGUGCCUUUUCAAAAUCUCUCCCGCCCCUGAUCGAGGGACUAUCCUUUUAAUUUGAUACUCAGCUCCACGUUGAAUAAUUUGUACAUUUAUCAUGCAACCUUGAGUGAAUGCUGCAUAGAAUGAUCAGUAUUUGUAUUUUGCACUUUCUAAGCAGUUUUAAAGGAUGCCCUGUUGUAAUUGGGCACACAGACUAAGACUAUUUAAGACGAGGUAUUUUCUGCUACAAUAGGAAUUCUAAGGAACCAUAAUGACUUGUUGGUCUUUUCGAAAAAGUGUAUAGAUGUGAAGUACCUCAUAAGCCUGAUAAAUGCUGCAUAAACUUCAUUUAUUGUUCUUUUGUGAACCUCAUUUUUCAAACAAUUUCCCCUACAGGGAGGUUUGAUGCCCACGUGCUGUGCGAGCGCCAUCAGAAUCAUCUGAUUUUACCGGAGCCGCUAUUUAAUAGAUUACCAGUGAUGCACUUCGAAUACAGAUUUUCAGCCAUGAUACGAUAUCACCAAGCCUCUAGAUAUAGCAUUGCUCAGUUGAUCCUAUUGGAUACGUGGUGACGUCUUGCAGUCAAAAGUUACAGUUGACUCAGGUAUUGCCAUUUAAGGGCUGUAUCUGCUAUUGCCUCUCGUUCCCAAUCCCCUCACCUGUGUCUUAAUGUAGCCUUAGAACUGCAUUUAUGGAUGGAUCAUAAUGAAGAAUACCUGGCCUUAAAAUAUGCACUAUUAAUUACAACAUGCAAGUCACUACAGAUCAGGCCAUACGUUUUUGCCAUUAAAACUACCUCCUGAGAAUGUAGGAGUGUCCUUUAUUAAUAGUACUCUGUUAAUUGACAAUCAUCUCUCUCUCUCUCUCUCUCUCGCUUUUUUUUUUUUUUAAGAUUUACAUUCUCAAAGUGUAUUACAAACAAUUAUUUCUGGGACACUAGUUUUUAUUUAUUUUUUUGAAAACCAUGUCCAUGUUAGUCAUGGAAGAGCCAAGCGACCAAAGUUUCUAUUCGAAGGCUUUCUUGCGCUGCCGUGUGGUGUCAAACCUCCCUCUCACAUCAGCAAUUUCUUUCAUUUAACCUUGUGUUUGCUCCUUUAUAACAUGCCAAAUUAAAUUUGCUGUCAUUCCUGUCAUGGUGAAGUCUUUAAUUUCUGAUACAUGUUUGCAUUCACUGCUAAGCUCCUUGUUGUUGUUUCUUGAUAAUGUAAAGUGUGAGCUUUUUUUCUUUCUUUCUUUUUUUUUUUUUUUUUUUAUCAAGUAAGAUUACAAACCAAGAUAUGCUGUAAACCCUGCUAAAACAUAAUGUGAAAACGUAUCAUUUAAUAUAGCUCACUUUCGCUUGACUGUGUAUUGCAUCAUUUAAUAAACUUAAUUUCCUCUGUCUGGUGUGUUUCAAUGUUUUAUACGCCAGAUUUUAUGAUGUUUAUGGACAUGCUGGCCUUUGCUGAUGUCUGGAUCUCCCUACUGCUUUUGCCAGGUUUUUUCCAUUCCUAUUUGCUGAGAUAAUGUUGGACUAAAUCCCUCUACACUUAUGUUUUUCUAGAUCGCCAAACAACCAUCUGUAAGUAAACGCAGAUUGUGUGGAUUCUUGCAAACCCAAAAACAAUGUUGCCUGAGGCCAAAGUUGGAGCUUGCUUUUUCUUCUCAGACUAGACUCCAAAACUAAGCUUAAUAUUGUACAGUUUAGCUCAAAUAAGUAAGGGUUUUUAACAACAAUCCUUGUAUAUAUGUUAAAUCAGUCAUGGCUUUUAUAAUUGAGUCUUGAGGCUUUCUCCCUUCAACAUCAAAAGGGAAAAAAACACGUUCACAGACAUGAGGGAAGCCCUCCUUAAAAAGUUUACAAUGGCCAUGUUUCAAAACCUAGUGGAUACCCACAAGGUGUAAUAGAAGGCAUGUUAUUCCGCGCCCAAAAAUGCUGUCUAGAUAGGCAGCUCACUAGGUAUCGAGACACGUCCACUCUUCCAGCUGAUCAAAACUCUGGAACUGGAAGAUCACAUCUUUCAGACGUUUAAUGUCUUUCCAUUCCACUCUGUCGCUUUGUAUAUAAACGCUUAUUGAUUUCGUUUAAAAUCGUUGUGUUUGUGAAAAUAUAAGGACUCUUUUAACUGGUUAAAUGAGUUGUGAGCAGCUGUGAGGAGCUAGUCAGAUUUUCCAAUAGCUCAUUUAUGAGAAGCACGCGAGCCCUUUUUCUUCCUGCUGAACUACAAGUCUCUGAGCUAUUUAGCAUCUGAUCAAUAGCACCAGUAUGCUGUUGCUCCAGAACAGAAUGAGACGGACGUGUUUGUCCUGGUGCCUUUUCCUGCUGUUUGUCUGGUACCCGGCGGGUGGUGUAGUGACUGAACUUGAGCUGGAGGACUGGGGUUCUGGAUUACACGAGCUCCUGAACAGCUUUCCAGCAGAUAGUCCUUUUCUCAGAGAGAUGCCCGGCAGGCCGGCCAACUGUACUCAGCGCUUCUGGCUGCCUCCGUCCUCCCCUGUGUGCUGGGAUGAUAUAGCGGGCCCAGAGGAGUUUGAGAAGUCACGCCUCCUCGUGCUGCAGAACAGGGCGGCACUGCAGGCUGUGUCCAGAUCUAGUGGUCUCGAGGAAGGAGGGGCGUCCUAUGAUCAACAGGCCAGGGAGGAUGUGCAGGGCGUCCGGGCUGACCAUCUCGUCGUGACUCAGACUGCCGAUACAAUGCAGAAGGUGUUCAUGGAUUUGGAUGAGAAGAGGAAGGAGGGGAAAGAGCAUUAUGGCUUCCUAAGUCUGAAGGAGCAAAUUGAAAUCACGAAAGACUCCAUUGCGAACAGGGAGCAAGUAGCAGCACUUCUGGAGAAACACCUUGCCAACCUGGAGAGGUCUUUGAACACGAUGCAACUUCGACUGGCCAAACUACUACCCUACUAAUUUAAUUUGAGCAACACAAGCCCAUGUUAAACAGACAUGUCUAUAUUUAAAAAAAAAAAAAAAAAAAAAAAAAAAAAAAUGCAUGCUCUAUCACAACAUUUAUUCAAACAAACAAAAAAGACAUAUCCUGCAUGCUAACAGCAUCCUGUACUUCUCUUUUGGUAUGUUUUUCCUCAUUCUUCCACUCUUAAGUAAAUGAGUAAAACAUUAGGUACUAGCAAUAAAAUCUAUUUUUAUACCCCCAGA